AUGUCUAAGCUUUUAGCUUCGAGGUUAAAAAGAGGGAUAGGGAAGCUUAUUUCUAUAAAACAGCCCGCUUUUAUUAAAGGAAGGAACAUCUUGUAUGUCAUUUUUAUGGUGAACGAAAUUCUCGAUAUGGCUAAAAGGGAGAAGAGGAGUUGUUUGGUGUUUAAGGUUGACUAUGAGAAGGCUUACGAUUGUGUGAGUUGGAACUAUUUAAGGUUUUUGGUUAUUAGGAUGGGAUUCAGAUCUAAGUGGUUAGAUUGGAUGGAGGCUUGUCUCUUCUCUAGUUCUAUGGCAGUGCUUGUAAAUAGUAGUUAUACGGAGGACUUCAAAUGUGGAAAGAGGUUUGCGUCAAGGGGACCCAUUGUCCCCUUUUCUGUUUGUCACUGUGAUGGAAGGCCUAACUAA